UCAAAUCCCAUAUAGAAGAAGGAGGGAAAAAAAAGAAAAAGAAAAAAAAAGAGAGAGAUCAGAUGCAAUUGGUUAGUUCCUUAAAACUUAAAAGAGCAGUCGGAUCCCCCACCGUACUGGAUGCCAACCCCAUGAGCGCUACCUCUACUCUCCUAUCGAACCGGCAAAGCCUCUGCAAAACCCUACUUCUCUUCUUGGAAGACCAUCGAUCAUGCUUCGAAUAAUUCGUUCUCGUAAAUUUUCCUACUUUUGCAAGAACAAACAACGACCUUUCUCCUCAAACAUCUCAGCAGACAACGCGAAGGACGCAUCCAUCCUCUCAUCUUCUGCCUCUCUUCUCGCUGAUAAUGGACCCUCCACUCCUUCGCCUGAUCCAGCGACCAAAAAACCAUCCAAUCUUCUAAAGUUCGUUCUUUUUGGUACCCUCACUGGAACUGCGGUCGCUGCAGGUUACGCCACCUACGCAUACACUUUGGACGAAGUGGAUGAGAAGACAAAGGCUUUCAGAGCCUCCACAAACUACACAGUUGGAGACAAUGCAUCUGCUCUUGAUAAAUUCCAGGCUUUGCUUUACUCAGCCUCAAUGAACGUGCCUGCUAAAGCCAUUGAGCUGUACUUGGAUCUAAGGAGGUCAAUUGAAGAUCAAGUUCGGGGUUUCACUGAUCCUUCAUCUGAGAAGCUACUUCCAGAUCUGCAUCCUCUGGAGCAACAUGUGUUUACACUGGUUCUGGAUCUAAACGAGACUUUAGUAUAUUCUGAUUGGAAGCGGGAAAGAGGUUGGCGGACAUUCAAAAGACCUGGAGUAGAUGCUUUCUUGGAACACCUAGCUCAAUUUUAUGAGAUUGUUGUAUACUCUGACCAGCCGAGUAUGUAUGUUGAUCCUGUAAUUGAAAGGCUGGAUGGAAAAGGAUGUAUAAGAUACCGAUUAUCCAGAACUGCAACUAGAUAUCAAGAUGGAAAGCAUUAUAGGGACCUCUCAAAGCUAAACAGAGAUCCUUCAAGAAUUCUUUAUGUGAGUGGUCAGGCACUGGAAUCUAGCCUUCAGUCGGAGAAUUGUGUUCCCAUUAAGCCCUGGAAGCUUGAAGCAGAUGACACAGCUCUAGUAGAUCUUAUCCCAUUUCUUGAAUAUGUUGCUAGAAACAGGCCAGCUGAUAUAAGGCCAGUUUUGUCAUCCUACAAAGGGCACGAUAUAGCAACUGAAUUCAUUGAGCGAACAAAGGAGCACCAGAGGCGGAUGCUAGAACAAAAACAGCAUGGCUUUUUCUGGCGGCGAUGAUGCUGGAGAAAUGAGGACCAAUGCACAUGAGGAUUUAUUUUUUGUAAGAAAUGACAAAUAAUUAGGCAAGCAAUAUAAAUGCAUAUGUUUUAGAGCUGUAGAUUGCGACUCUGUUUAUCCAGUGGAUUUACUGCAUUAUCCUAACAUCACAGGUCAGGAGGUUUGGAUCUUGAGGGAAUAUAUCUAUUUUGCAAAGCAUUUUUCGGCUCCUUGGGAAUGACAAUUUUGACGUUUGUAUUUGAGUUGUACUGCUGUUUACUUCUCCAUUGUAAAAAUUCCUCAGAGGAAACAGUAUCUUACCAUUUGUUGCUUUGCACAGCAUCUCUCUUUUCUUGCUCU